UAUAGCAUGACAAAUAAUUAACUGCACAGAAAGAGUUCGUAAAAAAAAUUAAAUACAUCCAAUAAAAACAUCCAAAACUGUAUACGGUACCAUAACGUAGACGAACUGUAUGUUGAUACGUGAAAUUCUGGAGGGACGUCGGACGGCGUGGCGCGGUGACGUAAUGACGCGGGCUGUUAAUCUAAUCAUGUUCUAGAACAUGUAAAACGGGAACAUGACAGGAGUAUUCUAAAACCGACUCAUGUAAACACCUUAAUCACAUUAUUAUCUUACUCAGAGUAGGGUCAAUAAUUAGAUUGCUGCUAUCUAUGUAAACGUAGUCAGUUGAGACAGACCUUAAAAUGUCUGACUCCCUCAUCAGUGCCCUAACUUACUGAACUAGGGAGUUGGUUGAGACAUAACCCUAAAUCUGUUCUCGUGAAGGUUUGACCCUGACAGGAUGCCGUAAUGUUUGUGUUCGGUGGUGACGAAAAUGGCGGACGAACUGGACAGAGUACGAAUUUCUGAGGCUGAAUUACGGGCAGAGGCGUCGAGUAUUGUUACACAUAGAGACAACUUGAAAGAAGUGCAAAUGACAAGUAAAAAACAUCAUAAAGAGGGGAAAAGGCCAGACCUCCAGAGGUACAAUCCCAGCACAGUACAGACACGCUGCUUCAAGGAGAGAUGUGAAGGAGAUGUACUAGCAAUUUCCACUGAGCCUAUAUAUACUUCAGAGGAGUCUGUGUCAGAUCCUGCCAUUAAAAUGCCUGCAAGCUCUCUACCAGGUUCAAGCCUGAAAUUCACCAGCAGUGAUUGCCAGUCUGAACUAAGCAAUUUUAAUUUUGACUGUAAUGAUGGCAGUGCAUCUUUCAGUCAUCAACAUACCAGGAGGAACACUGUUAAAAAUAGUGAACUAUCAAGUACUGGAACACCUGGUUCACCGAAACUACGGAAAAUGCGCAAGCCUGACCGUGAGAUAUACCAGCCUGGUGGGCGUAGGGGUCAAGGUUCUAGAGACUAUGGGCCUCCUAAGGAGUUGCAGCAGGUAUCACAAGAAGUGGUUAAGGCAGAGGAUACUACAUGUAAUGGGUUGAUGGGCUUAGUUGACCAACAUAAGGAUAUGCAUCUGGAUGAGGAAAAAAGAAAUGGGAGGGAAAUCAAGGAUAGCAGCAAAAAACAGGUGCUUGGAAAACAAAAGAAAUUAGACUUGUCUUCUUCAAACUAUGCUCAGCCUACUGUUAAAAGUAUAACUGAUAAGGUGGGGAAACUUAACAUUAACAGCCCCACAGCCAUAGUUAAAGAAAAGAAGAAUGAAGAUGGUGGUAGGAGAUGUUUAAGUGGUGAGGGCUCUAACUACAGAACAGGAAGAGCAGUGGGAGGAACAGGUGACGUGAAUGAGAGGAAGGAGCAGGAACGACGAAGGUCCAGAGGGGGCAGGGAGAGAGGGUCCAAUCAAGCUUCAGCAAAGAGGGAGGAAGGAGAGGGUGAUGAAAAAUGUCUACUGACACAUCAGCUAGAGAAAAACAGUGAGCCAAAGGUAGAAGGAAGAUUUCAGAGGGAUGUGAAAGGAAAAGAUGUUAGCCAAGACCAGAACUUUAAAAACGAAAAACACAGAGGCAAACAGCCAAUAGAAAGAGAUGGUGAAAGGUGCAGAAAAGCUCAAGGAACACAACAUGGCACGGUCAACUGUUCUUCAAAGCGCUAUUCCAAAUCAGACAUCAGACGGCCUCGAAUCCGGACAUACAGCACAAGUUCAGCCAGCAGUGGCACCAGCAUGGAUGGGCCAGUAGAGUCUGAAACACGCAGGGCUAAUUCAGAAUGCUGGGUGGGAGAAAGAGGGCCAAUGUAUAAGUCUCAUGAAAGGAUGAUUGAGGAGAUGGACCAGGCCACAGCAGACAAGUCCAGACAAAGGAGAAGGACAGCCAAAGACAUGUCGUCCACAGAUUCCUUUGAGGAGAAUGAGGGAAUGGAGAGAGAUGGAAAUGGAGGCCUCAAAGCCAAAGCAGAUCAGAAUGAUGAUAGAACAUCAAAAAGGAAUACCAGAGUAUUGAGAGGAACUUUGAUUGGUGGUCAAGGAGGAGUCUUGAGAGUUUCUCUGGACAGACAGUCUGGCACAGCCUCAGGAACCAGGGAGGACCAAACCAAAUGUAAAAAUCAAAGUCAUAGAGGCAGAGGCAUUCUGGUACUCCCAACAAGCACUGAAUUAACCACUUCCUCGGAACCUGGACCUCAGCUUAUGUGUGGGGCAAGAAGUAGCAUUGGCCUAGGUAGAGGAAGAGGCAGUCGUGGUGGAAGUACUAGGCGGUUGUGGGACCCUAAUAAUCCUCAUAAGAAACCAGCUCUGUCAGGCAGCCAGCAAUCCCAGCAGUCAUCUCUCCGACAGCCACUGUAUUUGCAGCAUCAAGGGGGAUAUGGGCCACUGCACUUUCUGGACACUGAUGAUGAAGCUGCUGGGAGCCCUCCUGUGCUCCAGGGGGAGGACUUUCAGGGCCAGCAUGCUGCCACCAUGGCUUAUUACAAAUAUCAGAAUACUGACAACCCUUACUGCUACCGGUUACCAACCAACGCUACAAACACACCUCCAUGCUACACCUAUUCCUAUCAGCUCCCAUACCAGUUACCUGGCUCUAAUGGGAUGUUCCCGAAUCCAGGCAUGGCACCUUUUUAUGGAGUAUAUGGACUCAGUGGUCAAGUUUACCCACCUACAGUCAUCACCUUUAGCCCAGAGGAAACAGAGGUACAGACAAGAGGGGAACUCGGCAAACUUCUGCGAAUGGCUGACAGCCAGGAACUCCAGCUCAGCAACCUGCUGUCCAGGGAACGACUUAGUCGAGAAGGACUAGACAGAAUGGCCCAGCUGAGAGCUGAGCUCCUGACAUUAUAUGAGAGUGUAAUUCUAACAGACAUCGAGUUCUCUGACACACAGAAUGUGGACCAAUUACUGUGGAAGAAUGUGUUUUAUCAGGUCAUUGAGAGAUUCAGACAACUUCUGAAAAACCAGGAUUCAGAUACAGCUCCCCAGAUCAGGGCCAUGCUUCUAACCAUACUGGAAGAGGGGGCAAUGUUUUUUGAUUCACUGCUGUUGAAGUUACAAACUGUAUUCCAGUUUAAACUAGAAGACUACAUGGAUGGAAUGGCAAUACGUGCAAAACCUCUACGAAAGACUGUGAAAUAUGCAUUGAUUAGUGCCCAGCGGUGUAUGAUCUGUCAAGGUGAUGUCGCAAGAUAUAGAGAACAAGCAAAUGAAUCUGCCAAUUUUGGCAAAGCACGCAGUUGGUACCUGAAAGCGCAGCAGAUUGCACCAAAAAAUGGACGACCUUACAACCAGCUUGCUGUGUUGGCAGUGUACACAAAGCGGAAGCUGGAUGCUGUGUAUUACUACAUGCGUAGCCUGGCUGCCAGCAACCCAAUCCUCACAGCCAAGGAGAGCCUGAUGAGUCUGUUUGAAGAAGCCAAGCGCAAGGUUAAAUCAUAUGCUGAGCAGACUGAGUACAGACUGAAGGAGGAUGUGGAAAGUGGCCCACGGGGGCAUGGAACAGUUCGGGGUCAGGAUGCUACCCGGGUAGAAAUGUGGAUACGCCCCUCUGUGCAUCCUGGAGUGGCAUCUCGCAUUAAAGGCAGCGAGUCUGGCAAAGACUCAGAGCAAGAACGUGGGCUGAGGGCACUGAGUGCAAGUGAUCUCAAUAAGAGAUUUGUCUUGAGUUUUCUCCACACUCAUGGAAAGCUCUUCACUAAAGUAGGGAUGGAGAGCUUCCCAGCUGUGGCCACUCGUGUUUUGGAGGAGUUCCAGGCCCUGCUCCAGCAUAGCCCUUCUCCUCUGGGAAGUACGCGAAUGCUUCAGAUCUUCACAGUCAACAUGUUCACCAUCUACUAUGCUCAGACCAGAGAUAAAGGGCAGGGAGAGGCCCGUUCAGUAUUGGAAGAACAGUCUACUUCUCUGGGUUUGGCCAUGUUUGGGCUGCUGGUGCAGCGUUGCACUGAACUUCUUAAAGAAACACCUGCAGAGCCUAUUCCACUGGAGGAGGUUAAUGAAGUGGAGCCCAUGGUGCGAGUGUCCGCCUUUCCGACUGACCUGCGAGAGCUCCUUCCCAGUGUUAAAGUCUGGUCUGACUGGAUGCUGGGCCACCCAGACCAGUGGAACCCUCCUCCAUGCAAUUUUCAUGGCAGUCCUGAUGUGUGGCAGUGCCUGGCAGAGCUGUGUAAUUCUUUGGCGUCUGUGUACCAUGGUGAGAUUCCACUCUUCAAGGCAGAUGCUGAUGGAGAGAGUGAUGAGUUACGACUACUGGUGCUGGAUGAGGACAGGAUGCUGGCUGGAUUUGUCCCCUUGCUGGCUGCUCCGCAAGAGCCGUGCUAUAUUGAGCCCCAAUCAGAUACUGCCAUGGCAGCUGACUGUAAGAGAGUGACUGUGCUGAAAUACUUCCUUGAAGCCCUAUGUGGCCAAGAGGAGCCUCUGCUCGCCUUUAAAGGAGGGAAGUAUGUUUCCAUAGCAUCGCUGACAUCCUCCAGCCAAUCAACUGAACACAAGACCCAAUCACAGACCAAUGAGCUGUGUCAGGACAACAGUGUAAUCACUGAGGAGACGUCACUGUCCACAUCGGAAGGAGAGCUGGAUGAAGGGAUGGAUGAACAGGAAAAUGAGAAUGAUAUCCGAGAGCUGAGAGCUCGGCGCUAUGCUUUAGUUCACAAACUAGCAGAACAACAGAAACGGAGAGACAAAAUAAAGGCCGUGCUACAAACUGGAAGCCAGUUGGAGCUGGAGAUCAGGCCUUUCUAUCUUGUCCCUGACACCAACUGCUUUAUCGACCACCUGGAGGGAUUAAAAAAGCUGCUAACGUGUGGCACAUACAUACUGGUGGUACCACUGAUAGUGAUUACAGAGCUGGAUGGCUUGGCUAAAGGGCAAGAAUGCCGUGAUGUAGACUCUACAGGUUUAGCAGCGCAUGCCAGGCUGGUGCAGGAAUCUGCUAAAGCAGCCGUGGCUUUCUUGGAAAAGGGCUUUGAGGCCAGAGAGCCUGGCCUGAGAGCACUCACCAGCAGGGGAAACCAGUUGGAGUCAAUUGCCUUCCGAAGUGAGGACACCUCUGGACAUAAGAACUAGCAACUGGGGGCAUGGUUGCGAAGAGUGCUUGUACCCUGCAGAUCGCUUCUUGUGGCUAUAUUUGGAACCCUUAUUAAUUUUUAUUAAUUUUUUCUCUGCUAAAAACUAAUUGUGCAGACAAAAAAAGUAGAUCCUACAGACAUGAAACUUGGUCAGUACAUAGUUCUCCCUCCCACUAAUGAAGCAAGAGAGAUGAUGAGCCCGGUCGACCUAAUGAUGGCGCUAUAGUGAAAAUUCUUUUUGCUUCUCAUUCCAUGGGUUCUCCCGAACAAAAAUGCCUCAAGAACCAUUUAUCUCCAGCCAAGAGACCAAUCGAUGACCAAGAACGUGUUGAACUUUGUAUACAAUAUGGCUGCCACACAUCAAUUCACAAUAUGCCCGGAAUACAGCAAUAAAUUCUAAGGAGGCACAGCUGGAUUAUUCAAAUUGUAGUAAUUCAUGACUAGUGAAAUGGAUUUGAACCAAACUUGAAAUCAAUUUUUCAGUACAAAUGUCUGAGAAUGUCUUCAAAGAUUGGAGCAUAAUCAUCAGUUGGUCAUAAUAGCUGUUUUUCCUGAACCAGUAGUCCAAUUGAGAUCAAAUUAGGGUUAGGGUUGUGCUGCAUUUAACUGCUUAUCUGUAACUGGAUUUUAAAUCAUCACGGAUUUCCAUCGCUGCGUUCAGCAGUUUCAGCGGGUAUUUCACACAGCUUGCAUUGAGCUAUCAUCGCAAAACUUGAUGAGUAUGUUCAUUUAUGGUCUAUAAGUACCAUUUAUCUAUGGUCUCUCUCUUGUUCUAUGUACAGUCCCCUCUGAAUCUAUUGGAACAGCAAGGCCAAUUCAUUUGUUUUUGCUAUAGACUGAAGACAUUUGGGUUUGAGAUCAAAAGAUGAAUAUGAGAAGAGUUUAGAAUUUCAGUUUUUACUUCCUGGUAUUUACAGUUGGGGAAAUAAGUAUUGAACGCGUCAACAUUUUUUUCAGUAAAUAUAUUUCCAGUGAGGUUAUUCACAUGAAAUUUUCACCAGACAUCAGUAUUAACUCAAGAAAUCCAGAAAUAUAAAGAAUUCACAAAAUUAAAGUCCAUAAAUAAAGUUAUGUGUAAUAAAGUGGAAUGACACAGGAAAAUAGUAUUGAACACGCUAAGAAAAGCAGUUCUCCAAGGUAAGGCAAGGAACCAGCUGAAAUCCAUAAGUAAUUAUACCUCCUAUAUGUGCAAAUUAAUAUCAGCUGGGUUAGUAAAUUGAUGGUCUAUAUAAAGGCUUUUCGUUACCAAGGUGUCACACAAGAAACAACUCAUGAUGGAUAAAAGCAAAGAACUCUCCCAAGACCUUCGCAUCCUUAUUGUUUUGAUGGAAUCAGAUACAGAUGUAUUUCAAAACUUCUGAAUCCUCCAAUAAGCAACAUUGGGGCCAUUAUCCGCAAGUGGAAGCAACAUCAAUCCAUUAUCAACCGGCCACACACAGGAGCUCCUCGCAAGAUUUCUGACCAGGGAGUCAGAAGAAUAGUCAGAGUCACCCAAAAGCCAAGGACCACUCGGAAAGGGCACCAGAAACACUUGGAGGCAGCAGGUACCAUCAUCACAGAGAAAACAAUAGGCAAUGCACUCCACUGCCGUGGCCUCUACAGUAUGCACGCUCACCCAGCAAGACUCCAUUACUACAGAAAAUGCAUAUUGAAGCUCAUUUAAAGUUUGCUACAACUCAUUUGGACAAGCCUAUGAAAUACUGGGAGAGUCUAGUCUGGUCAGACGAGUGCAAAAUUGAACUUUUUGGUGGUCAUACUACACACCAUGUUUGGAGAAGAAAGGGCACUGCACAUCACCCUAAAAACACUAUACCAACAGUGAAGUUUGGAGGUGGAAGCGUCAUGGUGUGGGGCUGUUUUUCAUUGCAUGGUACUGUCAGACUUCAUAUAAUUGAAGGAACGAUGAAUGGAGCCCUUUACCGGGAGAUCUGCUGCCAUCCACCAGGAUGAUGAUGAGACAUGGGUGGGCCUUCCAGCAUGACAACUAUCCAAAGCAUUCAGCAAAGGAAACUCCCAAUUGGUUUCAGAGAAAAAAAAAUCAAGGUGUUUCAGUGGCCCAGUGAAUCACCUGACUUGAAUCCAAUUGAACAAGAUUUAAAGACAGUAUGUUGAAUGGGCCAAAAUCACACCUGAAUACUGUGGCCGAUUAAUUUCUUCAUACAGGAAAAGUCUUGAAGCUGUCAUUACAAAGAAAGACUACUCCAAUAAGUAUUAAAUAAAUUUCACUUGGCAUGUUAAAUACUUUUUUCCUAUGUCAUUCCUCUUUAUUACACACAACUUCAUUUAUGGACUUUAAUGUUUGGAUUUCUUUAAAUGUGUGGAUUUCAUGAGUUAAUAUCAAAGUCUGGUGAAUAUUUCAGAUGAAUAGCCUCAUUGGAAAUAUAUUUACUGAAAAAACGUAGACGUAACCCUGGGUCGUUUGUGACCUCGCACACUUCUUGCUCUUGGAGUGAUCUUUGUUGGUAGACCACUCUGGGGAGGGUAGCAAUGGUCUUGAAUUUCCUCCAUUUGUACAAAAUCUGUCUGACUGUGGAUUGGUGGAGUGCAAACUCUUUAGAGUUGAUUUUCCAGCCUGAUUACCAUCAACAAGUUUCUUUCUGUGCUCCUCGCAAAUCUCCUUUGUUUGCUCCAUGAUGCACUUCCACAGACAGGUGUUGUGAAGAUCAGCCUUUGAUAGAUCCCUGUUCUUUAAAUAAAACAGGGCGCUCACUCACACCUGUUUGUCACCCCAUUGAUUGAAAACACCUGACUUUAAAUUGACUGCUAAUCCUAGAGUUUCACAGACUUUUGCCACUCAGUUAUGUAAUAUUGGAUAAUUUUCCAAAACAAAUAAUUUUUUGACUGAUUUCUUUAAAUGGGUUCUCAUUGUCUACUUUUAGGGCUUGUGAAAAUCUGAUGAUGUUUUAGGUCAUAUUUAUGCAGAGAGAGAAAAUUCUAAAGGGCUCACAAACUUUCAAGCACCACUGUAGCCUUCAGUUUCACCUGUUAACACUACACUGUCGGUCAGGGUGACAGUUAUUUUUUUCCACACAGCAGAGCUGAAUGUAAAUGGUGAUCUUACAAGGGUAAAUAAAAGAGCUGGUUGUUUCAAUAAGUACAGCAUUUUCCUUACUCUUUACUAUAAGAACUAUGUCUAUAAAGGGUAAUAUUUUAUGUAUUUGAGGUCUGAGAUGUGGGAACGGUGAAGAGAGAGAAGGCAAACAGUUUGCAGUUUAGCUUAGCAUUGCUGUCUAAUCAGCCAGUAUUGUCUCAAAUAGCCUGUGCAUAGCACUUCAUCUUUUAUAACAUGAGAUUUUGGCCGAAUGUAUUCAGUCUUGAUUUUAGUAAAAUGUUGCAACAAUAUGUUUUUUUAGUUGUUUUCUGAAAAGUGACCAUUUUGGACAUACAAGGUAGUAUAAAAUUAUUAAAAAAAAAAUAAAAGGCGUCUUGUGCAUGACCA